GGGGUGCCGGCGGCGGCGAUGGGCGGACGGCUGGCCCGCGUGUUUCGCACUUUCAACGUGGAGAACCGGGCCCGCCGCGAGAUUAGCAGGGAGAAGCCCAGGCCCGCACCGCGGCACCCCACCUCCCGGCUGGACGAGCUGCCCGACCAUCCCGGGAUAAAAGAAGAAAUUUAUCGUAAGGACGACAGGCUCCUCACCUUGUUAAAAGAUGUUUAUGUCCAGUCCAGAGAUUCACCUGUGCGGGUAAAAGAUGGAGGUGGUGAACAUCUUCCACAGAAACACGAGGAAAAGAGACUUACAAAACUAGGCCACUUGGGAGAUGCAGAUAUUAAGAAAGUUUCCAAAGGCAAAAUUUCCAUUGUGGAGGCUCUGACACUUCUAAAUAAUCAUAAACUUAAUCCUCAAAUAUGGACUGCAGAGAAAAUAGCAGUGGAAUACAGUCUGGAACUGAAGGAUGUCAAUUCUCUUCUGGAAUUCUUCAUUCCUUUCACUGUGCAAGAGUUUCCUAAAGAAACCAGAAAAGCUAUAAAGUCAACAUAAAAAUAAUUACCAAAACCUUGUGUGAUCUCACUCGUGUCUUAAUUAUAUUCUUGAGUAUAUUCAGUGUCUGGAAAGAGUUGGUAAUGUAUCAUCCAACAAGGCUGCUUCCUUAUAUACCAGUGAAGAUGCAUUCAAGCAAUUCAAUUCUAUACUGGAUGGCUUCAUUUAAAUACAGCAAUUAUAUGACACAAUUUUAAAACCAGAAUAUAACUAAUAAGUUGUAUGAGAGCAUGUCACACUGAUUAUCCCAUUUGUAUGUUACAGGUUCAGUUAAAGUACACAAGUUCGCUGAGAACUUUAACUUAUCAGAUCACCUUUCUUAGCAAAGACUUCCUGGCCUUCAGCUAAAUCAGUGCUCUGAGCGUACUAGCUGUGUCGUUUCAUGCUGGUGUUCUUUCAGGGACUUGCUGUCAAGGUCUGUGUAUACACAAGCAGCUGAAUUUCUUUUGUAUAAGAAUGGAAUAGUAUGUAUACUUUGUAAAGAAGGCUAACCACAAGAUCAUUUGGGAAAUUAAGCUGUGUCAAACUUAAAAAGAAUAUGAGCAUUUCUGGUGCUGGGACAGUCAUGGCUGAUGUGUAGCUCCUUUUCCACUCUGUUCUGAUUUAGCUUAAAUAGCUACACCUUCCCAGGUACUUUCUGUUAGUCAAUGAAUUUGUAAAGAGUGAUGAUCUAGCAUCUUGCAGCAGUCCCUGGCACCUAUUCUGUGAGAAAUAGUUCUCGUAAUGAAUAGGUAACUGUGAAAUGCAACUGGAUCUACUAAUUGGACCAACCAGUUGGUCUUGUGUAAAUGUCUGCCUGUCCUGUUACAAUAGCCCUUUUUCCCUGCGGAGGCCUUGCCUGACUUACCCAAAUGUGGGUAAAUCAGGUCCUGCUCAUGCACAGCAAGUUACUCACAUGCUACCAGAUUGAAGUUGAACAGUAUCCUUUCCACACCUUAGUAAAGCACAAUGCAAAGUGUGAGGUGGUAACAGGUUGUUAAGUCAUUGAGGAGGGGAGAUAAUCAGAAUUGAUAAUCAAAAAUGCAUUAUGGUUGCCUUCAUUCAAAAGAAACAAACCCAAAUUUAUGCAGCAAGCACUAACAUUCCUAGUGCCAUCACCAAAGGAGUAUUAAGAGUGUAGGAGUUAGUAGCAAGUAUAGAAUGUAACUUUCUGUUAUUUUUCUGCUGGGUCUUAGAUUUCGGAGUCUGGUAAGCAUCUUACCAAGAAGAUGGUCAGCUUGGUAUUUCAUAGCAAGAUUCCACUUCUCUCUGAGAUGGAACAAGGUAUUUAUGCUACAGUUUGCUAUAGUGUAUCCAAGGUUUUGCUUGAUUCAUUCUGAAGUAGGUAAUGGUGUACCUUAGAGCAUGACACCUAUGUGUGCAUUGUAUGAAAAUGUGAAAUUGUUAGUCUUUGGGUGUAUGGAUUGGGGAUAACCCUGUCAUUCUUCCUGUAAUGUAAUGGGGACAGAGCUGUGAUCUGAAAAUAAUGCAUCUGAGUUAACAUGCCACAAUAAGAUUUUUUUGUUUUUCACAAAAUACUCUGCUUUAUAGAAUGCUGUAUCAGAAAUACCUUAUUUGAGUACUGUGCAUCCUAAUGUAAUGUUUAAGGUAAUAUUCAGAAAACAGCUGUGGAAUGUAUUUGGUACAGAUUAUGUUAUUAAUGAAAAUGUUGUGAUUUCCUUCUUUAAAAAUGAAUCUUUAAUUACAUAUUGGGGUUGAUUAAAAACUCACUACAGUUGGCACCA